AUGCUCGUUCAACAAAAAGCGAAGAAGGAGACGGGACCGCUAUCGUAUUUUGGGAAACAGGAAGCGGACAACGAAGAGCUCCACCAUCCGCCGCUCCGAAUCAACGUCAGGCAGGCUAUUGUGUUCCUGGGACUCGGCCGGCGAGAGUACACUCCCAUUCGUCUUCCAGUCACCGGCGUGCCUGAGGCUAUUUCCGGUGCCCGCUGCGGUCUGGAGGCUUGCGGCUUGCACCGCCUUACAAGACACCAAGGUCUCCCAGUAUCUGGCCAACCGCACAACGCCCAAAUAAAUCCCAUCCACCAGACCAGCGCAACCGCCCUGCCGGCCGACUCCCUCGACUUUGGAGCUAAAGCCACAAGUGACGACGGCCCGGAGCGAACCCCUCACCACCGAACACAGCACCACACUUUCCGCUGCCAAUUCCUCCAACCGACCACCGGUCCCUCGCAUCCGCACGCUGCAGAAGACUCUUGUCGAAGACCGAGCGCACUUAGUAACCGCUUUACCAACAUUUAA